AUGGUAGUGGUGGUAGAUAAAGGUGUUUCUAUGGUGACACUACAUAUUAUGGUGGUGGAUUUAGGUUUUGUCAGGAAGGGUUUGAGGAAGCACAGUGACAUGGUUGGGGUUGUGGACGUUGGUGUUGACAAUGGUGGUGUUAAGAGGUUCUUCGCCGUUGCCAUCCCAAACAAUGCUUCUUCUUCUUCUGCAACAACCGCCACUAACAACAACAACAACAAUAAUCUCCUUCAUGAUCCAUCGCUCUGCGUUCCUUACAUUCCAAUCCCUGAAGCACUAACCAAUUUGACAACAGUUGUAGAUAACACUACUAAUCUUGUUGCAUCUUCAUCAAUGCCCAAACAACAGGACCUCAACGGUGGCGGUGUCGGUGGCGGAGGUGGUCAUCAUCACUUCGGCAUAUCCAGUUUGCUCGCGAAGAAACUGGCAGCGGCGAAGAAAGAUAGGCACAGCAAGAUUUACACCGCUCAGGAGCUGAGGGAUCGAAGGGUGAGGCUGUCGAUCGAGAUCGCGCGCAAGUUCUUUGAUUUCCAAGACAUGCUAGGGUUUGAUAAGGCCAACAACAUGCUCGACUGGCUCUUCACCAAGUCCAAGAAAGCCAUUAAGGAGCUUGCCAGGAGCAAGAACCACAGCGUCAGUGACGAAGCCGAAGCCGAAGCCGAAGCCGAAGCCGGUGCCAAUAACAAGAGUUUCGCCUCGUCCUCUGACUGCAACGAAGAUGACUUUGAAGUGCUUUCUAGAAACAACCACCACCGCCACCAACAACAAGGGUUAGUUUGGUCUUUAUAA